AUGGCAUCAAAAUUUCGUAAUGUUCCGGUAAAAAUGGUUCGAAUUCAAUGGUCAGACAGAAAGCAGCCGAUAACACAUAAAGAAAAUGUUGCUAUUGGCAUGCCGAAAGAUACAGAGAAUAAUACUACAUAUCUACGAAUUGUUAUGAUUAUUUCUGAAGAACUUCAUCAUUUUCAAUGGCUUGAUGAAUCGAGUUCGAUUGGUGUAGCAACAAUUACUACAUCAUCUGUUAAAAUUGUUAUUCUUUAUAAUUCACAAGACAAAACAUCAUGUGAGUUCUUUGAUGAAAUGGAAGCAUUUCUUAAACCAGAUCAUAUAGAAUUGGCCACUAGGGACCUGAUAAGAUUUAUUAACGAAGGUUCUGGCACAGAUGCCGAACGUGCUGCAGAAUAUUUAGCCAAGUCUCGAGCCAAAAUUCAAUUUAAUUUAAACAAUACAACUGUAACGAAGAAAGUCGAAGCUGAAGCAUCAAAUAAUGUUCUUCAGUUAACGUUACGCAUUGAAUGUCAUUUAAAUAGAAGUCCUUUGAUUAAAACAAUCUAUGUACCUACUGGUACUACUCUUCGAACAUUAAAAGAAGAAAUUGAAAACCAAACAGGUAUUGAACGUAAAAGUCAAUUUUGGUAUGCUUUUGAUCGAUAUAUAAUUGAUGAUAAUUAUCAAUUUGGAUCUCAAGAUCCAGUAGUUCCACCUCGUCGAAAAAAUACUCCUUUGAAAGAAGCAUUAGCACCAACCGAUCCAAUUCGUUCUGGUGAUACUCUUAUUAUGUAUAUUGCACAAAUUUCAACAUAUAAAUAA